AUGGGCACAGUGGGAGCUUCCAGCGACGGGUGGAUAAUAAGGUAUGACUUUCUUUCACCAUUCAGGAAAGGAGUGAUUCAUGAUGAGCGGCUUCGGGCCCCUAUUCUCGUGUCGGAUCCGAGUGCGUUUUUCCAAAUCAAGUCGCUCCUAAGGGACUCGACCAGCACCCGACAACAAUUCACUAGUCACCCUCAGCCCAGUGGAGAGGCAAGGCAAGGCACGGAUUCCCUCCAUCUUACAUACCAGAUCGCAAACCCGGCCGACCGGAGCUGCCACCCACCCAGUUAUCCACCCAUUCUUCGCAACCGGCAUACGGUGAUGAAUGCCGCCCAGCAAUGGGGCCCAUAUGCAACAUACAGCCCGACAAGCGGACAGGUAGGCAGACACGACAAGACCAAGUUAGUAGACACCGACGCCCGCAUGAACAUCGCUGUAGGUAUGCCUGCUGCUGCGCCAGUUUGCGCACAGGGACCCAGCCAGCGCUAG